AUGGGGGACCCGGGGGCGAGGCCCGCCCGCCUGAGCCUCCCCGGGGCCGGCGGGGCAGCGGAGGGGCGUCCGCCGAGCCGGCCCGGGCUGGAGAGCGGGUCGCGCGCCGCGGGGCUCCGGCGCUGCCCUCCGCGCGGGCGGGGGCCGCCGCCAGCCCGGCCGGGGAUGUCGUUGCCGGGGCAACCAGACUGGACGUCAGCGCGCGCCGGGCACGUGCCGGGCGGCGGCGGCGGCGGCGGGGGGGGGGGCAUUGGUGGGGGCGGCGGCGCCCCCGCGCGCGCCCCCGCGCCCCCCGCCCCGCCCGCGGCCAUCUUCGCCGCCUCGCCUCGCCUCGCCCGCCGCAGCGCCCCGGGCGCGGCCGGCGAGGAUGCGGGCGGCGGAGGACGGAGCCGCCUCAGCAGACUGCGCCCGCCCCGGGAGGCUCCCCCGCCAGCCGGGCGCCAACGCUGCCGGGCGGCCGCGCUCGGCCUCCCGGGGCGCCCGCCCUCGGAGGUAGACUGCCCCGGGCGGGGAGGCUCCACCGGGGGCGCGGGCUUGUGCGUCCCCGAGGGCCCCCCUCCCACGCCGGGCGCUCCCCCGGAAGAAGACGGCAUGCUGGACGCGCUGGAGGGCCUUUUCCACGAGGAGCUGGUCGCUCUUCCGAAGAAGAAGAAGGAGAAGCCGAAGAAAGUGAAAGACGGCAGGGUGCCCAAAGUCAAGCGGAGGAAGAAAGAGGGCAACCCGGAAGGCGGCCUCUGUGAAAAUAAGGCGGAGCUGGGGGAGAAAUCCGACAGCGAGGCCAGCAACUACGCCCCGAACAACAGCAAGAAGAAGAAACUGAAAGACAGAAAGGAGAAAAAUGCCAAGCAGAAAAAGAGGCAGCAAGAAGAGGAAGAGGAUGCAGACGGGGGCUUGAAGGAACCCAAGACUUCGGCACAGUUGAUGGAUGAAUGGGGCCUGGAUGAUGUGAACUACGCUUUUUCGGAGGAUGACUAUCACAUGCUGACAAAUUACAAGGCGUUUAGCCAGUUUCUAAGGCCGCUGGUGGCCAGGCAGAACCCCAAGAUCCCCAUGUCCAAAAUGAUGACCGUCCUUGGGGCCAAGUGGCGAGAGUUCAGCACCAACAGCCCCUUCAGGGGGAGCUCGGCUGUCGCAGCCGCUGCCGCAGUAGCCACGGUGGUGGAAACGGUGGGCGUCAUGCCCAGCCCGCUCCUGCCUGGCUCCCACAAGGUGCCAACCGUGCCUCCCCUGCCCACCCUCCGGAAAGCAAAGACGAAAGACGGCAAAGGUCCUGGUGUGCGGAAGAAGAUCAAGAUGAUUAAAGAUGGCAAAAAACGGGGGAAAGGGAAGAGAAUGGGGGCCUUGAAAUUCCGCUUCGGGGAGAUCGCCCGGAAGAGGAAAAAAGACUCCUCAAGCGAGGAGGACGAAUGGGAAGGAUCCGAGCUGGAUGGCGCCGGCAUCAAGGGCUCUUCCAUGGGCUCCGAAUCCUCCACCGGUCCUGGCAAGAGGAGCCGACGAAAGAAGAAGAUAAAGGGAGCUGAAGAUGGCGACGGCUACGAAACUGACCACCAGGACUACUGUGAGGUGUGCCAGCAGGGAGGGGAGAUCAUCCUCUGCGACACCUGUCCACGGGCUUACCACCUGGUCUGUCUGGAUCCAGAGCUGGAGAAGGCCCCAGAAGGCAUAUGGAGCUGCCCGCACUGCGAGAAGGAGGGCAUUCAGUGGGACCCAAAAGAUGAGGUGGGGGAAGAGGAGGAGAUGGGCGAGGAGGAGGACGACCACAUGGAGUUCUGCCGCGUGUGCAAGGACGGCGGAGAGCUGCUGUGCUGCGACACGUGUCCGUGUUCCUAUCACACGCACUGCCUUAAUCCUCCUCUGCCAGAAAUCCCCAACGGUGAAUGGCUGUGUCCUCGCUGUACAUGUCCACCAUUAAAAGGGAGAGUUCAGCGCAUCCUUUACUGGACCUGGCAGGAGCCCCUGGCCCUGUUGGAGAGCACCGUGACCACGGUGGAUCCCGAGUUGGCGGCCCCACCUCCCAAGCCUCUGCGAGGCAUCCCGGAGCGAGAAUUCUUUGUGAAGUGGGCCGGGCGGUCCUAUUGGCACUGCUCAUGGGUGAAGGAGCUGCAGCUGGAGCUGUAUCACACUGUGAUGUACCGCAACUACCAAAGGAAGAACGACAUGGACAGCCCACCCGCUUUUGACUACGACUCCGGCAACGAGGAUGGCAAGGUGGAGAAGAGGCAGAGCAAAGACCCCCAGUAUGCCAAGAUGGAGGAGAAAUAUUACCGCUACGGCAUAAAGCCCGAGUGGAUGAUGAUUCACCGUAUCCUCAACCACAGCUUUGACAAGAAGAGAGAGGUUCGUUACCUGGUCAAAUGGAAGGACUUGUCUUAUGACCAGAGCACCUGGGAGGUGGACGCCAUCGAUAUACCCUAUUAUGAGAACUUCAAGCAGCAUUAUUGGAACCACAGGGCAACGAUGCUGGGAGAAGAGAAUGGGUCGUACUCCAGAAGGCCGAUGAAGAAUGAGGAGGAAGAAUCCCACAAGAAGAAACUGGAAGGAUGUCCUGAAACACCGCAUGUUGAUCCGACGGUAAAAUUUGACAGGCAACCAUGGUACAUCGAUGCAACGGGUGGAACGCUGCACCCUUACCAAUUGGAAGGGCUCAACUGGCUGCGAUUUUCUUGGGCGCAGAGCACAGACACGAUCUUGGCUGAUGAGAUGGGCUUGGGGAAGACUGUCCAGACCAUUGUGUACCUUUAUUCCCUUUACAAAGAGGGCCAUUCCAAAGGUCCGUUCCUGGUGAGUGCCCCGCUUUCCACCAUCAUCAACUGGGAACGCGAGUUUGAGAUGUGGGCGCCCGACUUCUACGUGGUCACCUACACCGGGGACAAAGAGAGCCGGUCCAUGAUUCGCGAGAACGAGUUCUCCUUUGAGGACAGCUCUGUUCGGACUGGGAAAAAGGUUUUCCGGAUGAAGAAAGAAGCUCAGAUCAAAUUCCAUGUCUUGCUGACGUCCUACGAACUCAUCACAAUUGACCAGGCUGUUUUGGGAUCCCUCCGGUGGGCCUGUCUGGUGGUUGAUGAAGCCCACCGGCUGAAAAAUAACCAGUCCAAGUUUUUCAGGGUCCUCAACAGCUACAAAAUUGACUACAAGCUGCUGCUGACGGGGACUCCGUUGCAGAACAAUCUGGAGGAGCUGUUUCACCUGCUCAACUUCCUCACGCCGGAGAGGUUCAACAACCUGGAAGGAUUCCUUGAAGAGUUUGCCGACAUCUCCAAGGAAGACCAGAUUAAAAAACUCCACGACCUUCUAGGGCCUCACAUGCUACGUCGACUGAAAGCUGACGUGUUCAAAAACAUGCCAGCCAAGACGGAGCUGAUUGUCCGGGUGGAGCUGAGCCAGAUGCAGAAGAAGUACUAUAAAUUAAUCCUGACCAAGAAUUUUGAGGCACUGAAUUCCAAAGGGGGUGGUAACCAGGUUUCCCUGCUGAACAUCAUGAUGGAUUUGAAGAAGUGUUGCAACCAUCCUUACCUGUUCCCGGUGGCAGCAGUGGAAGCCCCCGUCUUGCCCAACGGGUCCUACGAUGGCGGCUCGUUGGUGAAAUCUUCGGGGAAACUCAUGCUGCUGCAGAAGAUGCUGAAGAAGCUGCACAACGGGGGCCACCGGGUGCUCAUCUUCUCCCAGAUGACAAAAAUGCUUGACCUGCUUGAAGAUUUUUUGGAAUACGAGGGGUACAAGUACGAACGGAUCGACGGCGGAAUCACCGGAGGGCUGAGGCAGGAAUCCAUCGACAGAUUUAAUGCCCCUGGAGCUCAGCAGUUCUGUUUCCUGCUUUCUACCCGGGCCGGCGGCUUGGGCAUCAACCUGGCGACUGCUGACACCGUCAUUAUUUAUGACUCGGAUUGGAACCCCCAUAAUGACAUCCAGGCGUUCAGCCGAGCACACCGAAUUGGGCAGAACAAGAAGGUGAUGAUCUACCGCUUCGUGACCCGGGCCUCCGUGGAAGAGCGCAUCACCCAGGUGGCCAAGCGGAAGAUGAUGCUGACCCACCUGGUCGUGCGGCCCGGCCUGGGCUCCAAGUCUGGCUCCAUGACCAAGCAAGAACUGGACGACAUCUUGAAGUUCGGCACGGAGGAGCUCUUUAAGGAUGACGCCGAAGGCAUGACUUCUCAGACCCAGCGGAUUAGCCUGCCUGAAGCUGCGGCCCCGUUCCUGGAUGGUUCACCCUUCAAAGGGGGCGCUGGGACCACCAGCCUGAAGAAGAAGCAUGGAGGCCCUCCACCAGGAGAUAGCAAAGACGUGGAGGACAGCAGUGUCAUCCAUUAUGAUGACGCAGCCAUUUCUAAGCUCUUGGACCGCAAUCAAGACGCCACGGAUGACACGGAGCUGCAGAACAUGAACGAGUAUCUCAGCUCUUUUAAAGUCGCCCAGUAUGUUGUGAGAGAAGAGGAUGGUGUGGAAGAGGUGGAGCGUGAAAUCAUCAAGCAGGAAGAGAACGUGGACCCUGAUUAUUGGGAAAAGCUGCUCCGGCAUCAUUACGAGCAGCAGCAGGAAGACCUCGCCCGCAAUCUCGGCAAGGGGAAAAGAAUCAGGAAGCAGGUCAACUACAACGACACCUCGCAGGAGGAUCACGAAUGGCAAGAAGAGGUGUCCGAUAAUCAGUCGGAAUACUCCAUUGGCUCCGAAGACGAAGAUGAGGAUUUCGAGGAAAGGCCGGAAGGUGGGCGAAGGCCAUCCCGGAGGCAACUGAGGGGCGAUCGCGACAAGCCUCUGCCGCCGUUACUGGCGAGAGUCGGUGGCAAUAUUGAGGUGUUGGGCUUCAAUGCCCGCCAGCGCAAAGCAUUCCUGAACGCCAUCUUGCGCUGGGGGAUGCCCCCGCAGGAUGCUUUCAAUUCCCACUGGCUUGUGCGGGACCUCCGGGGGAAAAGCGAGAAGGAGUUCAGGGCGUAUGUGUCUCUGUUCAUGCGGCACUUGUGUGAACCCGGUGCGGACGGGGCGGAGACGUUUGCCGACGGUGUGCCCCGCGAGGGCCUUUCCCGCCAGCACGUGCUCACCCGCAUCGGGGUGAUGUCGCUGGUCCGAAAAAAGGUUCAAGAGUUUGAGCCCAUCAAUGGGAAGCGCAGCCCCCCCGAGCUAAGGGCCGGCGGGCUGGAGAGCCAGAAGUGCGGCGAAAUGCAGCCGCUGGACCCAAGUCCCCCCGUCCCAGCCGUCCCGGCUCAUGGGCCAGCAGGGCCCGCCUUGCCACCAGGUAACCCUCCUGCCGCUGGCUUUGCUGGGGAGGAGGGCAGGGCGUGGAUGGUCUGUGUCGGACACAGUUCAAAAGGAACUCGAGCAAGCCACCAGGGUCUCACGUGCAUCAUGGCAUCGUCGUGUGAAUGGGCCAUUGUUUCAGAGGAAGCAGAGACUCCGUCGGGGCCCCCGCAGGAGAUGCAGCCCGGUGUCGGACAGAAACCAGGGAUGCUGCCCGAGGACCAGGCAAGGAGAGGCGUUUCUGAUCCAAAGAGGCGUCUCGCUUCCCCCCUGGUGGGCCUUGGCUCGGCUUUGCCCAAACGAGACCGCUUGUUUUGCAGUUCGAGUCCUUUGCAUGCUUUGCAGGCAGGUGGAGAGAAGAUGGAGAACGGCGAGGAGGAGGAAUUGCUGGAGGGCCAAGGGGGGCCAGGCGAGGCAGCCUCGGAAGGGGGCGAGAAGGAGGAGCCCUCCCUGGAGCAGCUGAGCACAGGUGUGGGGCUGAGUCGCUCCGGGGCUUAUGAUUGGCCAACGGCUGCCACCGAGGAGACAUCCGACAAGCAGCAAAGGCUGUCCGAAAAGUUGGAGCUAAACCCCAGUGGGAGCAAACAAUCCACGCCAGAUAGUGUGAAGGCAGAAGAGAAGGCGCAGGGGGAAGGCCUGGAGAAUGGUGAGAAAGAAGACGGGGAAGGAAUCCGAUUCAUGUUCAACAUUGCAGAUGGAGGAUUCACAGAGCUCCACACCCUUUGGCAGAAUGAAGAGAGGGCUGCGGUGUCCUCUGGAAGGGUCUACGACGUCUGGCACCGUCGGCACGAUUAUUGGCUGCUGGCGGGAAUCGUGACACAUGGUUAUGCCCGUUGGCAAGACCUCCAGAACGAUCCCCGUUACGUUAUCCUCAAUGAGCCGUUCAGGUCAGAGAUCCACAAGGGCAAUUACUUGGAGAUGAAGAAUAAAUUCCUGGCCCGUCGCUUCAAGUUGCUGGAGCAGGCGUUGGUGAUUGAGGAGCAGCUGCGUAGAGCGGCUUACCUCAACAUGACCCAGGAUCCAAGUCACCCCGCCAUGGCCUUGAACGCCCGCCUGGCCGAAGUCGAGUGCCUUGCCGAAAGUCACCAGCAGCUCUCCAAAGAAUCUCUGGCUGGGAACAAGCCCGCCAACACCGUGCUCCAUAAAGUCCUAAACCAGCUAGAAGAGCUGUUAAGUGACAUGAAGGCAGAUGUGACUCGGUUGCCCUCAACGUUGUCCCGCAUCCCGCCAGUAGCAGCUCGUCUGCAGAUGUCUGAAAGGAGCAUCUUAAGCCGGCUGACCAACCGGGGAAGCGAUCCCACCGUCCAACAGACCUCUUUUGGACCCUCCCAAGUUUACAGCAGCAACUUUGGGCCAAACUUUCACACACUGGGACCAGGAGAGAUUGUAAAUUACAGCCAGAUGCCCUUGGGGCCUUACGUGACAGAUAUUUAGCUGAACGCAAGAGGCUCCCCUGCAUUUCUCAUCACUGUAAGAGGAGCACUGACCGGCUGCCCCCAAGUCACCCUGAUAAAAAAUGCCUGAGUCCCUAAAUGUUGGUUCAACCGUGGACUUCAAGGGUAGAAUCGAUAACAUCAUCUGCAUUGAAGAUGGAAGGCAUGCCCCACCAGCUCUGGGUUCACCCCAAUCAUCUUUAGAUGUUCUUCAGAAGAGGAGGGACCUUCUUCUCCCCACAGCCAUUUUGAUGGAGAAUGAGUUUUCACCUCGUCAUACCUUGAUUUUCCUUUUGCAGUUUCUGACCUGAGAUUUGAAGAGUUUGUGGGCUGGAUCGCCAGAGGGGGAGCGUGCUGCCCCUCCCUUUGCACACCUGGCGAUGGUCACCAAGUUGGUCUACGUGCCAUGUUCCCCAUCUCUGGAGGAAGUGAAGUGCCACCUCCUUGGUGGUAUCUCUUGAACCCCACAUGAAGAAGGCUCAUGCCUUCCUUCCAGGUGUGGAUGGAGGGGGUUGAUCCUGCUGUAGUCUGGAUGGAUGGAGGAAAUGAGGAAGGCAGGCUAGAAACUGCAGACGGUCCCUCAACUCCCAUUGACUGAAAAUGCCAAUGGAGUUGGAGCCGGGAAGCAGCCAAAUCCAGGGCAACAUGGUUCUGGGUACCCAUAUUUCUCCAAGAAGUGUCCCCUUCGUCUCCCAUUGACUUAACUGGGGGUACAGCCUCUGCGCAAUACUUAGCCCCAUCGAAAUCAACGGGACUUCAACUGGCUCGGUGCUUCACGGGUCACGCCAAUGACAUCCGGGACCUGGAACCAGCGGGGACUUUUAACGCAUUGUUAACGCAGCAUCUGCAGACACUGCAUGUAAUUCCCAAGGUCAGAACGGACGUGCCCCCCGCUCGGUUUUUUUCUCAGCUCAGCGAUGCAGGUAAAGCUGCGAACCCGCGGCGUUUCUGGGGGGGAUGUGGAAGUUCUGUCGGUGUAGUUCGGAGGGGGGAGCACCGAUUCCCACCUGCAGGGCCUCAAUCGCACCUUUGUCCCAUUGAGUAAGCCUGUUGAUUUGGGCUGAGUGGACAGUUGCCGACUGUAUAAAAACUCGUUCUGUACAGAUGUGCAAAAUUCGGAGCGCCGCCUGUUUGUUUAGCACAAUCCAGCAUCGGGCAAAAGCUGUCUGUUUUGGUAGGAGCAGAGGAGACUGGGAAAUUAAGAAAACACUCUCUGAAGCUUGUUCACAAGGACUCACCUUGGUGCCCAGGGAUGGGUUUGGUUCAUCCCGUGCAGAUCUGAAUCCUUCUCGCGGACGUUCUCCCAGCAUCCAGUUUAAGAAAAAUGCCACACGCCUCACAGUCGCACCAUUCCCAACACGGUGCCUCUGCAAGGCUUCCGCUGGGCCGCUGUGGCCGCCAUCUUGACUUUUUUGACUCGCUUCUUACGGGUGCCCCUCUCCCAUGUUGAAAUUGGGCCCAUUUUUGCUUCGAUUAGUUGCACGGUUUCGGGACCCCCGGUUCUGGGAAGUGCAAACGCUCAGCUAGGAUUGUGGUUGCGCGCCCACCCUGUGGAUCGGGGGAUGCAUCUCUCACGCUGCCCCUUCCUCGUUUUCU